GCAGGCCGCGGCGCCCCCUGUCCUCGAGUGUCAGUGUCCCUCCCACCCCGGGGCCGACCGGGCCGGUCGCCAUGGAGCCCGGGGCGGCUGAGCUGUAUGACCAGGCGCUGUUGGGCAUCCUGCAGCACGUGGGCAACGUCCAGGACUUUCUGCGGGUGUUGUUCGGUUUCCUUUACCGCAAGACGGACUUCUACCGCUUGCUGCGCCACUCGGCGGAUCGCAUGGGCUUCCCCCCGGGGGCGGCCCAAGCCAUGGUGCUGCAGGUCUUCAAAAACUUUGAGUACAUGGCUCGUCAAGACGAUGAGAGGAGAAGAAAGGAACUCGAAGAGAAAAUGAGAAGAAAGGAAGAGGAGGAGGCUGUGGCAGUGGCAACUGCUAAAAAAGUGCCAGCCCCAGCCCAGGAGGUGGAGAUUGACUCUGCCGUGGAGUGUGAGCCUUCUUCAGGAGCUGCUGGGCAUCAGGAAACAAAGAGGGCGAAGCCCCCUGCACCUCCUGGGGGUGAGCGGGAGGCAGGUCACAGCUCUGCAGAGGCAGAACCUCCAGCAAUAGCUGUUGCUGAUGUUCCAGUUGAACCACCAGCCCUUCUCAAGAGACAGGAGCAGUUCCAGAAAAACCCCGACAGUUACAAUGGUGCUGUACGUGAGAAUUACACCUGGUCUCAAGACUACAGUGACCUGGAGGUUAAGGUGCCAGUGCCCAAGCAUGUCCUGAAAGGGAAGCAGGUAAUAAGUGUUAGAGCUUCUGAGUCACAGAUGAAUCUUAUGUUUGCCAACUCACAGAAUUUCAGAAGUGGGAGGGACCCUAGCAGCCAUCUAGUGCAACCUGUACCCAAGCAAGAAUCCCCACUACAACACACCCGCCAGGUGGCCAUCCACCCUGUGCUUGCAAGCUUCUAA